AUGGGGUUCGGCGCUGGAAAUGAUAAGUAUAUCCAAGCGGCGACUUCAGACCCCAGGGGAAAGAAGACCAAAAAGAAAAAGGACAUUAACGAACUUAAGAAAGAAGUCGAUCUGGAUGAUCACAAGUUGACUCUUGAUGAGCUGCAUCGCAAAUAUGGCACCGACCUGAACAAAGGCUUAUCCAGUUCCCGCGCUAGGGAGAUCCUCGAACGCGACGGACCCAACGCCCUCACGCCCCCUCCUUCCACUCCAGAAUGGGUCAAGUUCUGCAAGCAGCUCUUCGGCGGGUUCUGCACUCUACUGUGGAUUGGCGCUUUUCUUUGCUUCUUGGCGUUCACGAUCCAGAUCACGACCGAGAACGAACCGGAAAACGAUAACCUGUACCUGGGUAUCGUCCUUGCUGCGGUGGUCUUGAUAACCGGCUGCUUUUCAUACUACCAAGAAGCCAAGAGCUCGAAGAUCAUGGACUCCUUCAAGAACCUGGUUCCUCAUCAAGCUCUGGUGAUACGGGACGGAGAGAGGAACAGCAUCAAUGCCGAGGGAGUGGUCGUUGGAGACUUGGUGGAGAUCAAGGGUGGUGACAGGAUUCCUGCUGAUCUGCGCAUCAUCUCCGCUCACGGGUGCAAGGUGGACAACUCGUCUUUAACUGGCGAAUCCGAGCCCCAAACUCGCACCCCCGACUUCUCAAAUGAAAACCCCCUAGAGACCAGGAACAUCGUCUUCUUCUCCACGAACUGCCUAGAAGGUACCGCCAGAGGCAUCGUGAUCAACACCGGCGACCACACCGUGAUGGGUCGCAUCGCUAUCCUGGCCUCGAGCCUCGAGGGAGGACAGACUCCCAUCGCCAAGGAGAUCGAGCACUUCAUCCACAUCAUCACCGGGGUGGCCGUUUUUCUUGGCGUGUCCUUCUUCGUCUUGUCCCUCAUCCUCGGGUACGGAUGGCUGGAAGCUGUGAUCUUCCUCAUCGGGAUCAUCGUCGCCAACGUUCCGGAGGGGCUCCUUGCGACGGUUACGGUCUGUCUGACUCUAACUGCAAAGCGUAUGGCUAAGAAGAACUGCCUGGUGAAGAACCUGGAAGCCGUCGAGACCCUCGGCUCCACCUCCACCAUCUGCUCGGACAAGACCGGGACCCUGACCCAGAAUCGGAUGACCGUGGCUCACAUGUGGUUCGACUGUCAGAUCCACGAAGCCGAUACCACCGAGGACCAGAGCGGAACCUCUUUCGACAGAAGCUCCCCUACAUGGUCUGCGCUCGCUCGUGUGGCCGGCCUGUGCAACCGCGCCGUCUUCCUCGGUGACCAGAGCAAAGUGCCUAUCCUUAAGAGAGACACGGCUGGCGACGCAUCGGAAUCCGCUCUGCUCAAAUGCAUCGAACUCUGCUGCGGUUCGGUCAUCGAGAUGAGAGACAAGAGUCCGAAGCUGGCCGAGAUCCCCUUCAAUUCCACCAACAAGUACCAGCUCUCCAUCCACAAGAACCCGGUCACCUCGAACCCGGAGACUCGGCACAUCCUGCUGAUGAAGGGGGCUCCUGAAAGGAUCCUGGACCAGUGCUCAACUGUUAUGAUUCAGGGAAAGGAGCAGCCGCUGGACAAAGAUGUUAAAGACGCUUUCCAGAACGCCUACGUGAAGCUUGGGAGCCUCGGAGAGAGAGUGUUAGGUUUCUGCCAGUUUAAUCUCCCCGACGACCAGUUCCCAGAGGGCUUUGCGUUCGACACAGACGAGGUCAAUUUCCCCACUUCGAACCUGUGUUUUGUUGGCUUGAUGUCCAUGAUCGAUCCUCCUCGUGCUGCCGUGCCGGACGCCGUCGCUAAGUGCAGGAGCGCCGGAAUUAAGGUCAUCAUGGUUACCGGGGAUCAUCCAAUCACGGCUAAAGCCAUCGCUAAGGGUGUGGGGAUCAUCUCCGAAGACAACGAGACCGUAGAAGACAUCGCUGCACGUCUUAACAUCCCUGUUGGAGACGUCAACCCUAGAGACGCCAAGGCUUGCAUAGUCCAUGGUGCAGAGUUGAAGGAAAUGAGUCCGGAACAGUUAGACGACGUCCUGAGACACCACAUGGAAAUCGUAUUUGCCAGAACUUCCCCCCAGCAGAAACUCAUCAUUGUCGAAGGUUGUCAGCGACAGGGAGCCAUCGUGGCCGUGACCGGCGAUGGCGUGAACGACUCUCCCGCCCUAAAGAAAGCCGACAUCGGGGUAGCCAUGGGUAUCGCUGGGUCCGACGUCUCCAAACAGGCUGCCGACAUGAUCCUCCUGGACGACAACUUCGCAUCUAUCGUGACCGGCGUGGAAGAAGGUCGUCUGAUCUUCGACAACUUGAAGAAAUCGAUUGCGUACACCCUGACUAGUAACAUCCCUGAGAUUUCACCUUUCCUGCUCUUCAUCCUCGCUGGCAUCCCUCUACCUCUUGGAACGGUUACUAUACUGUGUAUCGACUUGGGAACCGACAUGGUACCCGCUAUUUCUUUGGCCUACGAAACUGCCGAAAGUGACAUCAUGAAGAGACAGCCGAGGAACCCCCAGAAAGACAAGCUGGUCAACGAACGACUCAUCAGCAUGGCCUACGGGCAGAUCGGAAUGAUCCAAGCGACGGCAGGAUUCUUCACCUACUUCGUCAUCCUGGCCGAAAACGGAUUCCUGCCCUCGUACCUGAUAGGGCUGCGUAUCGACUGGGACGAUAAGCAUUUCAACGAACUGGAGGACAGCUACGGGCAGCAAUGGACGUACGAAAGUCGGAAGAUCGUGGAGUACACGUGUCAGACGGCGUUCUUCGUCAGCAUCGUCAUAGUCCAGUGGGCUGACUUGAUUAUCUGCAAGACCAGGAUGAAUUCCAUCAUGAAGCAAAAAAUGAAGAACAAAAUACUUAUUUUUGGUCUGUUUGAGGAAACAGCUCUAGCUUCCUUCCUGUCGUAUUGCCCGGGCAUGGAUGUCGCCCUUAGAAUGUACCCCCUCAGGCCGUCGUGGUGGUUAUGCGCCCUACCGUACUCGUUCAUUAUCUUCAUAUACGACGAGGCCAGAAGAUACAUCCUCCGGCGCAAUCCAGGAGGCUGGGUGGAAAAGGAAACGUACUACUAAACCCAGGAGGGUUCGUAUGUCCAGAAACAUCUAACAACUGAAUUAAAU